CUUCCUCCUACAGCCCAAAAACAUGCUCAGGUUAACUGGUGAUUCUAAAUUCUCUAGAAUACGAGUGUGAUUGUCUCUAUUUGUAGCCCUGUGGUAGACUGGUGACCUGUCCAGGUGUGCCCUGCCUUCGCCCUAAGUCAGCUUGAGGAUUAAGUGGUGCAUAGACAGUGGAUGGAUAGAUUACUGUAUUUUAUUUCUGAUAGUGGAGAGGCGUGAUUCCCUUGGAACAGAGAGAGUUCCAGCAGAACCAGGCUCAGGCAGGGCAUCCAUUUGCCUCCACAGGUUUGACUGAGGGUGCAGGCCAGAGAUAACAGACAACGAGCAAGAUAACACAAACAGUAGACCGAUGACAGGACAGACCCUUUUAGCAGUAAUGAAAUACUGACAAUCUGUUUAGAAUACUUUAUAUGUAUAGAAACUUCCAUGCAGCACAUGCAUCUCAAAGUGCUUUAACAUAAAAGGCGGGGAAUACAGAUUUCUGAGAGGAGCUCGGAUGUCCGAGCUGGUGUUUGUGUCCGUGAACGCAGUACGGGUUCCCAGGCUGACGUCAGACUGAGUCGGUCCGGGGCUGGGCUGGGAAAACAUGGAAUAACGGAGAAAGGCUCGCUGCACCUUCCCAAGACAUCCCUCACUGAGAACCAGUUCACCUGAGGAGACCAACUCCCUUCUGUCACAUUGGGACUGUAUUGGGUGGUGGGGAAGGCCUAGUCCCCCACCUUGAUCAGGCCAGACACCCCACACAUCCCCCCCAACCAUGGACAAACACGGAGCCACAAGUGCACCGGCCAAGACCAGCGGGCUGAAGCCGCCCAGCAAAAUAGUCCGUCCAUCAGGGGCGCCCACAAGGACGUCCCCGUCGUCUGGAACUCCAAAGCCAGUUCCUCCUGAGAAGUCUCCCGGGGGUGUGACCUCCCCCACCCAGGAUGGAAACACAGACUUCCAGAUUGGUGAGAAGGUCUGGGUCAAUGGCAACAAGCCCGGCUACGUGCAGUUUGUUGGAGGCACACAGUUUGCUCCCGGGCAGUGGGCCGGCAUCGUGCUGGACGAGCCCAUCGGGAAGAACGAUGGGUCAGUAGCGGGAGUUCGCUACUUCCAGUGUGAGGACGGCCGGGGGAUAUUCACACGGCCUUCAAAGUUAUCAAGGACUGCACUGCCAGAGAAGGAGGCGAAUGGUGGUCAGGCCAGCCCAGCACCAGGAGCCCCUGCUACCAGCGAGUCUGCACCUGCUGGCACUACCUCCACUGCUCAUGGCACCGGCAUAAAGAUGAGCAGUGCUCUGAACCGACUGGCAGCAUCCAGUGAGUCGGUGUCGAACCUCUCAGACCCAGAUUCCAUGAAGAAGAUCAGAAGGGAGCUGAGGCUGGGAGACCGAGUGUUGGUUGGUGGUACCAAGGCCGGAGUGGUGCGGUUUCUCGGAGAGACAGACUUUGCCAAAGGAGAGUGGUGUGGAGUGGAACUAGAUGAACCUCUUGGGAAGAAUGAUGGAGCUGUAGCUGGGACCAGAUACUUCCAGUGCAUGCCUAGGUAUGGUCUGUUUGCUCCAGUCCACAAAGUGACUCGGAUCGGCUUCCCUUGCACCACCCCGACCAAGGCGAAGAGUUCACGGAGGAGGUCUACUCUCAAGAGGAGCCCCAGCGCCUCCUCCAUCAGCUCCCUCAGCUCUGCCACCUCCUCCAUCAGUGGCAAACCCAGCCGAGCAGGACUGCUGACAGAGACAUCUGCUCGGUACGCCCGUAAGAUAUCGGGCACCACGGCGCUGCAGGAGGCUCUGAAGGAGAAGCAGCAACACAUUGAGCAGCUGCUGGCAGAGAGAGACCUGGAGAGGUGUGAAGUCGCUAAAGCAACCAGCCAUGCGGGAGAGGUGCAGCAGGAGCUGGUCCUGCUGAGAAAAGGCCGAGACCAGUAUGCGCUGGAGAUGGAGGCCAAGUUGGAUCAGCUACGUUCGCUGGUGGAAGCAGCAGAUCGAGACAAAGUGGAGCUGCUCAAUCAGCUGGAGGAGGAGAAGAGAAAAGUGGAGGAUCUGCAGUUUCGUGUCGAGGAGGCAUGCAUCACCAAAGGAGACCUGGAGACGCAGACCAGGCUGGAGCAUGCCCACAUAAAGGAGCUUGAGCAGAGCCUGCUAUUUGAAAAGACCAAAGCUGAAAAACUCCAGAGGGAUUUAGAGGACACUAGGGUGGCUACAGUGUCGGAGCGUUCCAGGAUCAUGGAACUGGAGAGAGAGGUGGCAGAUCUCCAGCUCAGGCUCCGGGCAUCCCAGCAGAAAGAGGACGCUGCGUCUCUGUCGCAGCAGCAGAUCAGCAGCCUCAAGGCUCAGGUUCAGUCUCAGGAGAAGAAGAUCAGUGAGCUGAGUGUCGACCUGGAGAGUAAACAGAAAGAGCUUCAGUCUGUACAGCAAGAUAAGACCUCUGUGGAACAGCAGCUGACCAGUCUGAGACAACAGCUCGAGACAGCUGAAGAGCACAACAGAAGGACGGCAAAAACCAUGCAAGAGCUGGAGCAAAGCAUGGAGCGUUCAAAGAAAGAUUACCAAACCCUGACAGAGGAGAGUCAGAGCAGAGAGAAAGAUCUGAGAGCACAGCUGACACAGUCUACUGAGAAGUCAGAGAGGACGGCGCUGUCGCUGGGCCAGCUCACCAAUGAGAAUAAGACACUGGAGAUGCAGCUUGAGGCGCUGAAACAGCAGAACUCCAAAUACCAGGAGGAACUCAGUCUGUCCAAGGAGCGAAGCAGCUCAGAAAACCAGCGCAUCGGCGUCCUCUGCAAGGAAAUUGAGGAGCUGAAGCUGGCCUCCCAGAAGUCUCAGCAUCUUGACGAGCAUAAUGACGACCGAGACAGUCAGCAAGCAGACAUGAAGAGCAGAGAAACCAUCUCUAAUCAGGAAACAGAGGGAGAUGUCAACUUCCAGAAAUCUACUGGAGCUUUAAUCUCCGACAAAGACCAGGAGCUGGAAACACUAAGGAAUGAGAUCGCAGUGCUGCGAGGAGAAAAUGCCAUGGCCAAGACCCUGCAGUCAGCCGUAGAAACGCUGGAGAGAGACAAAGCUCAGCUCCAAAGCCGAGUUCACAGUUUAGAGCAAAGGCUCAUGGGAACACAGGCCUCAGAGGGAGAAGACAGAGAUGCUCCACCCUCAGGUGAAGCAGCUCUGGAGCAGCUGAGGGAAGAGAAGGAGUUUGCUGAGGGACAGAUCAACUUCUUGAACAGUGUGAUUGUUGACCUGCAGCGGAAGAACGAGGAACUGAAGGUCAAACUGAAGAAGCUUGCUCUGGCUGAGUUCAAUGGCAACACUGAUGGUUUUGAUGAAGGUGUGUCGAAGCGUGAAAAGAAGGCGACCCCUCGUCUGUUCUGUGACAUCUGCGACUGCUUCGACCUCCAUGACACUGAGGACUGUCCUACUCAGGCUCAGAGCCCUGACUCCGUACCUCACACCACCUACCACGGCAACCCGGCCGAUGAGAGGCCCUACUGCGACAUCUGCGAGGCCUUCGGACAUGCCACCGAGUCCUGCAACGAUGACCAGACCUUCUAGAGGUGCUGAGCAUCUCGGUCCCUUCCUCUCCUCUUACCUCUUUCGUCCUCCCUUCAAACUCCUUCUCCUCUCCCACUACAUUUCCCACAACCCAACAUGCCCAACUAAAGCCCCUGCAGAUUUUCCAUAAUGUAUUUUUAUACUGUAUUUAUGCAUAACACUAGUAGCUACUGUCCUGAUCUAAAUCUUUUCCUUGGAAGAUAAACUGUUCUGACUCUAAAGCAGAAUGCUUGUCCAAAUAUGCUGCUUCGGUGCAAUAUUGAUGUUUAUAACAAAAGGAAUCCGUGCUCUGCACUCGUCAUUUCUAAAGUGUUGUUUUGCAUUUCAGUUUCUUUCUUAAAUAGCUAUCGGUGACGUUCCACAUCUGUUGUUUUUUAUGCUUUAUUUGUUGAUUGGCAACACAGCGAUGCAACCAAGCAAAGCACAGUUCAAGCUGAAGGGAAAAUGAAGCACCUCUGUCAGCCUCAACACUCCUUUAUUCUGCAUCACAUUCCUCAGUUUGGAAGGCUUUAAACCAAUCACAGAGUGAUACUGCCAAGUUAUACUGAUGUUUUAUGUUUAGUAAUAUUUUUAAAAGCCUCUCUUCCAGUGCAUCUACUGACAAAGGAGUAUUAGGACACCUACAAGGAAAACAAAUAGAAACCUUCAGAGUAUAGUCAGAAUUUUAUAAGACAACUGCACAAUAUUGAAGAGAAAUGUUGCCAUAACACUUAAGAUUUUUGAGCAAAAAAAUAAGAAAAAAAAGUUGUAACAUUUUGAGCGUACAGUGACAUCAAAUAUUUAGCAAAAAAGUCUUAACCUUUUUGGGGAAAAAGUUGCUCGAUUUUGAGAAUAAAACGUCAUAAUUCUUUGAGAAAACAAAUUGUAACAUAUUGACAAAAAUGUUAUGGAAAAAAGUUCUUUUAAACAAAAACUAAAAUUCAUGUCAUUUUGAGGAAAAAAGUUGUAAUGUUUUGAGAUGAAAGUUGUCACAGGCUGAGCUAAAAAGUAAAAGGUAGUAACCUUUAGAUAAAUGGUCCCUCAAUUUUGAGCAGAAGAAGUCGAAAUAUUUUGACAACAAAGACAAUACAAACAAAAGAUUUCUCAUACAGCGUCUAACUGGUUUCAUGUCAGUAGAAUAAAAGCUCUGAUAUUUAGGGGCUUAUUGAUGAAACUUCUUUUUUUUAAUGUGCAAAGCUGAUAAUAACAUCUGACCUGUGUAUUACAAGGUCUCACAUAUUAAAAUCUUAUUAUAUGACUUCAAAUGUUUUCAUUUUCAUAAAAUUAUUACUAUUUUAAAACAAGAAAAGCACUCUGAGAGUGCAGUACUCCACCAAGGCUGCUCAGUCGUUGUAUCAUUUCCGACUGAUGAAAUCUUUAAAAAAAAUUGUGGCAGAAAUCACAGCACUAUAGAAUGUGGUCAUUUAAUAUAGAUGUACCCACAAACAAAAUGACCUUGCGCUGAGCACAGGUGUGUAUUAUGCAUAUGUACGUUAUGUAUGGAUACCGAAUCACAAACCUAAAUAUGUAGCAGGCGGCAGGAAUUGAUGGGACUCAGAAACACCCCCACAAUUUAAUCAGUUGUUCCUUGUAUAAUUUCCAACAGAUAAGUCCCAAUAAGUCCACAGCGGUCAAUUUGUAGUAGGAUCGCAGUCAUGUGAUCGUCAGCAGGCAGCUGAUGUAGUGUUCACUUGUUGUCAUAGUUACAGUGACACCAUGCCGCUAUCUCGCAAUGAUACAGAAAUCUUUAACAAAUCCAUGGAUCCAGACUACAAGGCGCAUCACUGCGAAACUUUAAUCACUUGGUCCUUGUGUCAUUUCUGACCUUUCUUGAAAAUUUCAUCCAAAUCUAUUAGUCCGUUUUUGAGUAAUGUUGCUAAAAGACAGACAGACAGACAAACAGACGGACAAACGUACGCCAAUCGUCACCUUACUCUGCCGCGUUCCUUGGCAGGGUAAUUAUGCAUAAUGCUUAAUUUGUUAAAUAUUACAACUUUAUUCUCACAAUAUUACAACUGUUUUAGAGAAAUAUUAAUACUUUAUUGUUUUGUAUUCUGAAUUUUUUUUAAAUCAAAAUAGUAACAUUUGACAACUUUACUCUCUUAGUAUUAUAAUAUUACAACUUUUUCCUUUUAAUGUUUUCAUGAUAUAGCUAGUUUACUCUCAAAAUUAAUUAUAUCAUGUAUUAUUGUUUUGACUUAUUUCUUGUAGUAUUUCAUAUUUUUCUAAUAAAUAUUACAAAUUUCAUCUCAAAAUAUUACAACUUUUUUACUGGCCUUAAUAUUCUAUUGAAAUUUACAUGUUAACCAAUGUAAAAUAAUAUCGUACAAAAUGGGAAAAGUUCGAUCUUAACUAAGAUGGGUUUUCUUAAUUAUUUAUGUGAAGUGGUUCUCUGCUUGACAAAACAACUUUACUGACAGGUCCAUUUAGUAACGGCUCCGGAGCUUUUGACCAAAAUCACACAUUUUUCUUCAGCAGCUGAGGACUUCUCACCUGUACUGGAUUAAAAAUAACAAAUCUUUGUUCACUGAUUCAUGACAGCUUGGUCAAAAUCUCCAGAGCGUCCACUAAAUAGGCUUUAGCUGCUGUUUCCAGUCAGGAAGAGCAUUUAUCUCCCUCCUGUAGGUUGAUAUCCUUACAAGAUGCCACUGAAAGUCACUGAGGCUUUGUUGAAUUUGAUAAACAAGUUUUGUUAUUUAUUGUCUGAUCUUCUACUUCCCAGUGAUUUUUCUACAGAGAAAUAAGCUUGCACUGAUGAAAAGUGUGUAGUCUGUACAGGGACUACUGUAGUACAGAAGACACAACAUAGAUUUAACUAUAGAAGCCUCGACUAACUUAGUUUUGCACUGUUCACUUUAAAGAUUCAGAACUCAGAAAUAUACUUUAUACUUCUAAAGUUAUUUAAAAGUUAUUUUAUGAAGAUGGAUGGUGCAGGUUCUUCAGCUUUGACAUUUUGGUUAAUUUGCCUAUUUGCUUUUUGGCAUUUAGAUGAGAUGAUUAACACAAUCUGUCCUGUUGUUUGAAUGUUGAUGUUGGGCUCUCUUACUGAAAUGUUAUUGUCUUGAGAAAACCUGGAAUAAUUACAGACUCUGGAGGGAUAAAAGGAGCAGAUUUCUUUGCCGAUUUUAGUCAAAGUGUUUGCACAAGGGCUGAACAAUGAACUGAUUGCAAGUCAAAAAUGUAAACUGAAACAAUCCCAGUAGCUAAUCGCAAAGACCGCUAAUUAGGAUGCAGGUUACGUGUUAUGUCUAAGUCAAGUGUUUAAACUGUUGGGUUCAUGGUUUUACAAAUUCAGAUACCAUCAUCCUUAAAUGUGUGACACUUCAAGUUUAAUUUCUCCUUCGCUGAGGGACCUAAAGUGUUCUGCAGAAACGCUUAAAAUUCUGCCCAGUGAAAGGAAAACAUUUACUACAUUGAAAGAGAAUUUGCAGUGCUAAAAAUAUGACACUUUGACUCACAUAGCUGCCCUGUAAAUUGUAAAAAAAAAAAAAAAGAAAAAAUUAAAAGAAAAAAUUCCCGAGGAAAAGACAGAAUUGGUAAGAUGAGGAAAAAAUACAUACCUGUCAUAUGCUGGAAGAAAAAAGCACCAACUGAGAAGUAAAUUCGAUCCACAAAAACCAACAGAUGUGAGAGGAUAUUGCAACAAAAGUGAAUUCAAGAUGUCUGAUAAGUCUUACUGAGGUUUUUAGUGUGUCAGUUUAACUAACUUUAAAGGAUUCUUUCUAUAUAGACAAAGAGAAAACCUUAACUAUGAUAUUAUAAUAUGAGUUAACAUUUUACCAAACCUCAAGGAGAAGAAGCAAGUGUGUUUUGUGUAGCCAGGUUCAUUUGAAAGAAACCUCAUUCUGGACCUGGUGUUUUGUUUGACUGACUAGAUAACGUCAUGAAAAAAACUAAAAACACUUCCAGCGACCAUAAUAUAUGUUUCAUGUCUCGUGUAGAACUCAGUUUCUCACAGUAACCAUAUUACUUACUUGCUAUUUCUAAUGAAAAUUCAAUAUUUUCCAGGUACCUCUUAAAAAUGAGCUAAAAAGACAUUUAAGGAAUAAAAUUAGCAUAAUGAGAGUUACAAUUUAUCUGUAAAAAUUAGCAGCACAGACACAUUUUCCAACUCAUUUAGGUCGGUACUGAUAUAUGCACAUACUUUAAACCCACUUGCUGAGAACAUUAAAUCUCUCCUGUAGUCGACUGAACAGAUUAUUCCAACUGUUGUCAUGUAGCAGAGGCUUUAAAUAGAAUACAUUUCAAAUGUACACAUUCACUGGGUAAAAUAAGAAAACAAGUAAUAAUAUUAUAAUAUAAAUAAUAUAGGUAUACUUCAACCUACAUUAAAGAACAUGCCAUAUUUAUUUUUUUAAUUUAAAUGUUAUGCUUUUUGUGUGUUCUUCUUCUAAGAUUUUCAUUAUCUGCCUGUCAGUGCUAAUAUUUCAUUUCAAAUCUUUUAUCAAUAUCAAUAUCUUUGAUAUCAACUAAAAAUGUACUCAAGUAGGAGUAAGAAAUGAUUUUUUAUUUGUUGAUUUACACUACCGUUCAAAGGUUUGGGGUCACUUAGAAAUGUCCUUAUUUUGGAAAGAACAGCGGUUUUGUUCAAUGAAGAUAACAUUAAGUGAAUCAGAAACACAAUCUAGACAUUGUUAAUGUGGUAAAUGACUACUGUAGCUGGAAACAGCUGAUUUUUAAUGGAAUAUCUCCAUAGAGGUACAGAGGAACAUUUCCAGCAACCAUCACUCCUGUGUUCUAAUGCUACAUUGUGUUAGCUAAUGGUGUUGAAAGCUAACUGAUGAUUAGAAAACCCUUGUGCAAUUAUGUUAGCACAAGAAUAAAAGUGUGAGUUUUCAUGGAAAAUGUGAACCUUUUGAAUGGUAGUGUAUAUAUUUUCUAGUGCUUCUGGGCUCUGCAAGCUCAAAAUACAUCAUGAGAGCACAUUUGGGUAGCAUUAUUAAUGAUAAAAGUUGCGAUUGCACUGAAUGUCCACUGAGAUGUAUUUUCAUGCAUUUCUUUAGUACAAAUGAGUGAAACUGUAAGUCUACAUGGUUAGUUUAGCUCAGCACAAAGGCUGGAAACAGCCAGCUGCUCUGCCCUGCACAUUGCUCCCCAUGAAACAGUAAAUUGUUCUUUUUACACUUUGGAUUUUGCACCAAAUAAAGAAAGAAGAUCAAAUUACUGUCAGUAAUUUAAGCCAGAAAGCAAAUAAGUGUUUCCUAAAAUGCCGAGCUGCUCUUUAAAAGAACCCUGUUUAGCGACAUGUAUUUGACUUCUCUUGUUCUAAAGCACAAUUCUGGAUCAUAUUGAAUCUUGUGGUGUAACGGUGUAGAUAACACAGGAAGUGACACUUUCUCUGUGAAUACUGAUCAGAAGCCUCCUUCUGACAGACGUGUACACAGUGCCAUGAACUAAAGAUAGCUUUUAUGUGUACCACAUUUUAUUUUUCUGCCCUGUUCAUAACGUUGUAUGAGGAGCUUUCAGUCCAGUUGGGAAAACAGCUCGUUUGUAUAGACUUUAAAACAUUGUGUACUUUAUAAGUGAUGAGUCUAAUUAUUGUCGUUUUAUAUGUAACGAUUUCAGGCACCAUGUAUCAGUGGUUUCAGGACCGUUCUACAGAUGUGGAUGUGGUGUGAACUGUCACUGUUUUCUAUGUACUGUAUACUCCUGAGCAGUAAAAUUAGAAAGAAAAACACCA